UUUUUUUUAACGCUGGUGUUUGCUUUUGUCAUUUUCGGAUUUUCAUCUUUUUUUCUUGUAUAGACCCAUAUGACGCGAAAUAAGUCUAUUAAUAUUCUUUUGAGACAUCUUUUUGCUUCAGUUUCCUUAUCACGGGCGGGGCGUCUUCUCUUUUAUUUUUUUUAUUUUAUUUUUUUACGGCUCCGUCGGCGCUUCAGCACACGGACUGUCUGACCAAAAGACCCCUCCGCCAAGCGCUUGGGUUUUGCUAAUAAUCAGCUCGUAUCGCACCAUUCCAACAAAUACGAGAAAGACGGGGUGGUGGAUGGAAUGUUAUAUCAUUAGUAGUAGUGGAAGUGUAUCGUUUAUUGUAUUGGCACGGGCAUGGACAAGGAACAGCGAAUUGGGUUGGCAGGGCUAGGAAAGGGCAGCAUGAUCUUUAUUCAGAGACGCGGAAUAUGCAUACGAUGUGUGUGCGAUGCAUUCGUUUUUCAUCAGCAACGGCAGCGAUAGCAAAGCGUAUGGCUUGCAGACUAGCACUACUCCGAGAAGCAAAUGCAUAUUCUUACCCACUAACUCUUUGCUGGUUCGUCAUGUGGGAAUAUUCUGGUGCUGGCUGCUUCCAUGCUUGGGUCGAAGCGUCCUCUUAUGAAAGGGUUCCUAAUAGGUUGAUGGUGGCAGCUACCUGGAAGAUUGCUAAGUUGUUCAUAGAUACAGUACACAGAGUGUGCAUCUCUAAAUUUUUCCCCUUUGUGACGCCAUCUACUCUAGAUGCAUUGCUGUGCACACUAAAAAGUAACGACAGUUCAUUCAUGGGCUUCCAGGUCUUGGUCAGUCAAAAGGUUGGGCAGGCAGCGACUUGGUAAUGGCUGGCCCGUGCCGCUAGUAACUGCUCCCACAAGCC